AUGUCAGUGUAUUCAGAAGUAAAUUCUCCAGCAAGACAAUUAUUCUCAUGUUGCAAUGACUGCUCUAUGAAUAAAGCACUUCUGACUAGAAUGAGACAAGAAGAAGCUGAGAAUUUAAUAGCAUUAUCAACUAAAAAACUACUAGAAAUUUAUGACUUCGACAGUGAAUAUUUGACAUCAAAAAUUUUCUCAAGAAAUUCAACACAAUCCAGUAACGUACUAACAUAUCCAUCUGAAUAUUCCUCGACGUCAGCAUUUAUUGCUAAACAGUAUGAUUACGAAAAAAGUCGACCGAAAGAUACUUGGCAUUGGAAGUAUGUUGACACAACUAGUCAAUAUAUACCGUCGUUUUAUCGCAACAAAAUACAUCAUUCAAAUCGUCAUAUAUCAGUAAUUCAGAUUGAAAAAAUUGACCGUUUAAAAACACCACAUAAACGAAUAAAGUAUGUGCAACCCGGUCAUUCGAUAACUGAUGGCAAUCUUAGCCUACAAUUCGAACUAAAGAAUAAUAAGAUAGAGAAGAAGAGUGUACUAAACCCAAUUAACUCAUGGAAUAUACCAGUGAGAAAGUGGUUUUAUAUACUUGACGUUCGACAAAUAAAGAACGCAUCCUCCACUAAUCCACCUCCUAAACAUAAUUUGUUAAUGCAAAUAAAUGAAAUCACACUGACUAAAAGUACUUUACUAAAUCAAAUCCCUUUAAACAGGACAAGAAAUUUAUUAAAUAAUUCUGUCAGUAAAUGUGGGAAGACCAAAUCCUAUUUAACACCCGAAAUCUGUCGAAAAGAAUUCAUAAAACUAAGCAAAUCCAGUUCGUUGAGCAGAAAAUAUCGUUAA